AUGGGAAGUAUUAACAAAUCAUUCGCCCCCCUUCAGUUGCAUACCUCCUGGCAAAGGCCGACAUAAAAGCAUCUGAGGUUUUGGAGGAUUAAAAAUGGUUGGAUGAAUGUCACACGCAGAGGCAAGGCACAGAGAAUCAAUCUCCAGUUCCAGUUUCUUCAUUGGAUGAAUCACAGAAGAAAACCUAGAAGUAAAUACAUCCGAUGGCCACAAGUUUCUCACGAUCGAGAAUUGACUUUCUGCAGCAUCCCACUGAAUUUUUGGUACCGAUUCUUCAUUAAAUAAUAAAUGGAACAUUUCAUGCUAGGAAAUUCCAUGAAAUGAACUUUUAUAGAUGGGAAGAAUAUAAUUAGAGCAGUCAUAUGAUCGAUCCCAUGGUGACGGAUCCAGCAGGUUUGCGACUUUAGCGACGGAAGGAGGCAGCCUUAAAUUCUGGUAGUUUUUCAGCGAGCUGAAUGAUAAAGAAGGAAUCGAUUGAUUCAUCAUUCAUGAUUCCCAUGUUUGCGUUUCAUAAAGUGACAACAAAUAAUAAUCACAAAGUGCUAGAUGAUAUCUACCUGGGAAGAUCACAGCCGUGAGGCUUCCACCUCCACUUGAGGUAGGCAUUGUCCGGCCUGCCGUUCUCCUGGCAUGUGAAGGCAUCGUCAACGUAAGGGCAAGACCCCGGGCGGUACAGCGGGUACCUCCCCUCCUCGUCCUCCACCCAACUCCCAUGAAACAAAUCGCACUUACCCUCCCUCCCGAGAGUCUCCACAGGCUCACUCCCUCCACCCUCUUCUACCUCUUGAUUUUUCUCUUCCUUACUAACGAUCUGAAUUCUCGGCAGCGAAGAUUCAUUAUGCCCGUGCACUUCAGUUGGCGGCGACGGCAAUGAUCUAUCGCCAUCCGUCGAUGGAGUUUCUGGAGGGGAAUCUGCACCAUCGUACUGGAUCUCCGGAGCUUGGUUCAGGAUUGGAAGCGCCGGCGGCGGCGGCUGCUGCUGGGGUAGAGUACUCAAGAGGAAUUUAUCCGUGAAGGAAGAGACGGCUGGCUCCAGAGACCGCUUACUGAAGAGCAGAAUGCCGAGCAGGGAGAGCGAGAAUAGAACGCAGAACGACCCGGCCCUGGAAUCACGUUCACAGAGCAGCCGGGCGGCGCCGACAGCCAUUAGCGCCGCCGAUGAAGACGACGUCGGUGACACACAGAGAGCAUCCGCCCCCGCCCCCGCCCCCCCCCCCCCCUUCGAAGUUGUGAUCAGACGGCUCAUUUGCCAGACUAAUCCGCAUUAUUAAAUUAUAUUUUUAACGCACUUCUUCAUCGUAGUAAUAUUAAAAGUAAAUAUAACCUAAAUUUUAAAAGUAAAUAUUAAAAGUACUAUAUAUCCUAAAUUUGACCAUAAAUAAAUUGCGUACGCUCUAAAAAUUAAUAUUAUUAAAUUAAAUAAUUUGUAUAAAAUUUUGAUAAAUAAACCGUAUACUCUUAAUAAGAAAUAAUUAGUCUCAGCAGCAUAUUUUAAGAAAACAAUUAACCGAUCCGACUAUCCUAGAAGUAUACGUCAUUCGAGUGGGCAACACGCCACGUGUGACCCACCUCGACAUUCUGAUGUGCCACGUCAGUGAGUGAAAGACCAAUGGGUACCAGCCACGUGUCGCAUUGUCCCUUCCCCUGCCUUCUGAUCCACCCUCGACCUACAAAGACAGUCCUUUGGAUGGUAUUUUCCUUGGAAAACAGCUUCCUAGAUUCAUUAUUUCGUUAUCACGAUCGAUUUCUCCGACGACCCGCGCCGCCUUCGAGUUCCUCAGCGGGCGGCGCCGCCGCGGUGGUGCGCGGUGCGGUUGCACUCCGGCGGGAGACCCCCGGGGAAGCGCCGCCGGUCGGCGCAGUAGUCGUAGAUCAUGUAUCUCCGCCGCACCCAGCUCAUCCGCCUCCGGCUGGCGGCGUUCAGCGCCUGGUUCAUCCACGCUGCAGCCGUGCCGCCGCAUUGCGCCGCUGGCCGCGGCGGCCCCGGCGGGCAGCCCUCGCCGGAGAAGUUCCUGAACGAGGCCACAAACGGCGCCUUCGACCAGUCGGCCUUCACGAGCCCUCCCCGCGUGGCCCAGUCGUCGGCGUUCCACAGGCUCGAGUAGAGCCUCAUCGGCCGCUUCGUCGGGAAGGCUACUCUGGCUUUUGCCAAGUUCUUGAAGUCCCUGACGGGGACGCCGUCGACGGUGAAUCUGCGGCGGGAAGAAGAAGAAGCAGAAGAAGAAGAAGAUCGGAUGAAAAUCAAAACCAGGAGUAUAUUGAAGAACGGGGAUUGCGUCUUUCUCCUCGCGGAUGGUGACUUACAUGAUGCGGCGAGGGGUCCAGAGAAUGGAGUAGGUGUGGAAGUCUUUGCUGGGGUCGAACCAGAGGUGGAACUGCUGCUCUCGGUUCCCUUCCCCGUCCACGAAGACGUUGGUGUGGAGCGUGUACGGCUCCCCAGAAACGUUCCCCAGGAACUCGAAGUCGAUCUCGUCGUGGGCCGGCCCCGGCGACGACAGCUGCAAGACGGGUCCCCGGUAAGAGAGAGAAAGAAGGGGGGGAAGAGAGAGAGAGAGAGAGAAGGGGGUUAGGGUUCACGUAGAAGGUGGUGACGGUGCCGGCGGAGUUGCCGGGGACGAGCUUGAGCUGGAUGUCGAUCUUGGAGAAGAGAAACUCCUUCUUGGACUGGAAGCCGGAGCCGGAGGAGCGGUCCAGGGACAGGGUGAGGAGGCGGCCCUGGUCGAGGAUCUUGGCCCGGUCGGCACCCCAGGUGAGGUCAACGUCCUGGUAGAAGUUGCCGGCUUCGACGGCAAUCAGCAUGCAGGCUGUCGUCAGGGAGAUCACCACUGCUAAACGCAUGCUGUAGGAAGGGAGACAGAGAAAGAGAAAUGAAAAGCCCGACUCUCGGGGUUCUGUCAAUGGGGGUGUCUACUUGUAUGGAAUGAAACAGAAGGAAGAGAGAGAGAGAGGAGGUUGGCGGAGCGUCGGGCGAAUUGAAGAUGUGGGGAAGAGCCCGUGAAAAGAGGCGCGAGGGGCAGCAACAGCUGGGCUGCUGUUUUUUGAACAGAAUUUUAUUUUAUUUUGGAAAUAAAUAUCAAGGUGUCGUGGUGUAGUUGGUUAUCACGUCAGUCUAACACACUGAAGGUCUCCGGUUCAAGUCCGGGCGACGCCACAAAAUUCCACAUAUUCCUUUUUAUUUUUUCCCUUCUAGACAACAAAAAACUAUCAACUCACCUAGGACGGGAGCGUAAGUUGCUAAUAAUAUUUUUUUAAUAAAUAUUAUUUUAAAAAUAUCAGGUCUAUAGGCUCUCAUUUUCCCCGUUGACUUCUUACUGAGGGUACCAUCCGGUGGGCCAUCGGAUCACCUGACUUUGAAGAGACCUUAGUGGACUAGUCCCUGGGGCAACCGGGCCCACAAGUAGGCCCAUUUACUGUCAUCCAGUCCAAAGCAGCGCCGCCAUUGCCUCGGCGGCGAUUGUGCCACGUGGUCGUGGCUUUCCGCCGCCAGUUACUCGCGUACGGCCACCUCAUCAUUAUGUCGUCAUUCCUCAGCCGCCACCUCGGCGACAACAAGCCGGGCCGGGCCGCCCCACGGUCCGCUCCGUCUUCUGUUGGCCCGCCUAACGGCCCAUUGGUCAGACGGCUGAGUUGAACAGGUAUCUUCAACUCAGCCGAAGAGGUAUCUAAAUAAAAAAUAUUUAUCAUAAAAAUAAAGCGCGCCAGCUCCCUUUGCUCCUUCCUCCCCUGUUUCAGGCGCCUGAAACAGGGGACCUCUGUUUCCUGAGGUGGAGGUAAUUCCGCCCUCCGGGGGAACACAGGAAGAGAGAGAAGAUAGAGAUAGAGAGAGAGAGAGUGGGGUAAUGCAGAAGGGGGCCCGGGUGGGUUAG